CCCACGGGGACCCACGGCGGUGCGGAGGUCGAUCCACCGGCUCUCUGUCCCCUCCCAUCGGCGUCCCCUGCCGCCGUGCGCGGCCACACCUGCAUUAAACGGGGAAAGUCCGUCCGCUGGAGAGGCACAGAGACUGCGAGGCUUCAGAGAAGCGGAGGCAGGAAGCGGAGCACCUCCACCUCCAGCAGCUCCCAUCGCAUGACUCCGGACACUUUGAUCCGAAAAGGGUGAAGGUGUGAAGGCAUGCGAUGAUUGGUUGUACAGAGACUUUGCAGCCGUGGAGGACACAGGGUGGGAAAUUAGGAUUAAAGACGAAAUAGACGCUACGGAAUAGAAGAGACCGAGUGAGCAGCUGAGCGCACAGGUUUUUCCUUGUGAUCCCUGACAGAGCAGGGACAGUGACACUGACUCGGCCAUUGUCUCCUCACUGUUUCUGGACAUAGUGAUGCUCCCUGGUUGCCUCUGCUGUCUAUUGUGACCGUAGAGAAAAAAGAAAGAUCCAGCUUGUCUGCAUAAAGACCUAUUCAGCAUCAUUUCUCUUUGCCAGCCACAUUUGCAACCCCAAGAACAGCAGUGAAGUCUCAGCACUAUCCCUAGCCCCAAGCCUACCCCUCCAUCCUCAGCCCCCUCUCCCCUAACCCCCUUAUCCCUAUCCCACUCCCUCAGCCCCUUCCCUCUCUGCAGCCCCAGCUUCAGCCUCAGCCUUUGCCCCAUUCGGAGUCCCAGAUGACAGCUCAGAAACAUCCGUUACCCUCCUACUCCACACGAGCCUUCUUUCCUCUCCCUCCAGCCCCUGUGGCGCUUGGCACCAAUGCCCAUCACAUAGACAGAUGGAGCCAACCCUGACCCCUCUCCUCGCCCGUGGGGACGCCAAGAGAAUCAACGCCUGACUAGAGGAGAGGGGGUGUGUGUGAGUGUGCGUGGAGAGGGGGAGACAGGAAGCAGAGAGGAGGGGAGUAUUGCUUUGUCACCACGGCAACACAUCGCCCAGUCUCCCGUGGACUCCCCUUCAGCCCAACCCGAGGCCUUUGGAUAAAAACGCACACAGCAGGAAAUUCAGCAGCAGGACCAGAAGGACCUCGUUUUUUCCCCCUCUAAAUUGUGCUUGACAUAUUUUUGCUUUGAUUAUUUGGCAUGGAUGUCUUGUUCUAUUUCAGUGUGGAGAGAAGAUGCGAACAUUGACAAAGCUCUAAAUAUAAUUUGAAACAAACAGGAAACCACGAUAAGACUGAUCUAAAAAAGCUGAAGGAAAGCCCACUCCUCAGUCUAAAGUGUUGUCUGUUUUUCCAAGUUUGACUUUGAGCCCCACACUUCCUUUUCCCUCUGGCCUCUGUGGUCUAAAUGAAUUGUUGUAAGAAAAGCUGCAAUCGCCUGGAAAAAAAUAUCCCCAUUUUUACUAGCAAAUCAACACGUAGGAGGGGUUUUUUUUACAGUAAGAAAGACACUUUUUGCUUCCCACACUUGAAUUAAGCCAAAGGAGCUUUUCCCUGACAGCAAAAAGGAAAUACUUGUGGGACUCAGUCAGAGCUUCCUUGGAUAUGCAUGUAUGUCUUUAUCUAAGCAGUAACAUUGUGCACUACACCUCUGCUAAAUGGCCCAGCACUGACUUCAUGUCAAGGCAUUUGCAGUUUCAUUCUCAUGACUAAACAUCCCACUUGAGUCCCUGCAGUUUUAUACAAGAAGCAAGAUUUUGGCUAUUCUACUUUUGCUGGAUUUUGUUGCCGUCGUCUAACCUCCUCUGCUGACCAGAAUUCUGAUUAUCAUAUAAUGCCAGACUACCAAUUUUAAAAGAACCACGCAUCAACAAUAAAACGAGACACUAAUGGCCGGUGAAAUGAAUUCAGCGGGCUGACAUAACAGAGGGGGGAAUACCGGAGUCCCAAUGCUUCCCAGGCGACUGCUGCUGACCUGCAAAACCACACUGGAAAUUUUAUGGAGGUCUGGAUUCUUUGCUUUGGAUGUUGACGCUGUGAGGAGGAUUUUGAUUUACCUCUGUAUCCAGCUAGUGUGAGCUAUAAGGAUUUUCAUUCACACGGGGACCAAGAGACCUGAACUGAUGUUGUGGAACCUUUGAAUAGAGGCCAGGGUAGAUAAAACUACAAUACACUGAGCUCAGUCAAGUGUUUUAGUACAUUUGGUGCAUUACAUUCAUUUCCUCUGCACAUUUUCCACCAACUCAAGCCACCUUUAAGAUUUUCGGUGUAAUAUACUAAGCAAUCCAUUAAAACUUGUUUAAUUUUCUGCUGGUGACACACACUUGUGGCGGUAUUGGUGAAUAAAAUAAGGACUGCAAGGAUUAUCGGGUGGAUUCUUGUCUUCUCUGUUGUGGUGGCGGCCUUAUUCAGCAGGCUGGGAGUGGCAUCAGGAUGCCUGAACUGGACAACUUUGCCCCUCUGAGGGGUCAGAGAGGCCCUGAGCUGGGCCUAAAUGGUCCAGCAGACCCACUUCGAAUUCAGCACAGCAUCCUGGAGGAGCAGGUGGAGCUGUGGUGGUUCAGAGAUCCUGGGAAGUCUCUGCUCUGCUACUGCGUGGCUGUACUUCUAAUCUUGGGCUGCGGGCUGGGCGGCGUCGGCCUCCUCUCCACCACCACCAGCGUCUCGAGUGAAUGGCGGCUGGGCGCAGGCACGGCGCUCUGCCUGCUAGCCCUGGGUGUCUUGCUCAAACAGCUGCUCAGCUCGGCUGUGCAGGACAUGAACUGCGUUCGAAGCCGUCAGCGGAUCAACAUGCUAAAAAGUGGUGGCUUAUCGGACCUGCUUGUGGUUUUGAUUACCGGGCUGUCACUGUUGAUUUGUGGAGGGGUCCUACUACAUCUGGCCUUGGCUAACCACAUGCCGAAGCCUGGCCAAGCCCUUAAUGACAUGUAUAUCUCUGGAGUGGUUUUGCUAGCUGGAGGGGGGGCUGCAGUGCUGGGCGUUGGGAUAUACUCUGUUGUGGUUGUCCUGCUUGAGAGGACAAGGCACGGACGAAGGUUGGUGGACCGGGUUUUGAAUAUCUUCACUGUUUCUGGACAUAUGGACCGUCAGGCUCGCAGAGAGACUACCUCCAGCCUGGCAAAUCUCAUAUGAGAUACAACACUAAGACUGUGUAUUCUGGCCCCUUGCUCUUCAUGUCAGAACAUUUAGCCUCAACUAAAUUAGAGCAGACUUGAUGCCCAAAUAUUACAAGAAAUCUGAUUAAAGAGAUUCAUCCCUUACACGCUUCAGCUUUGUCAAUCGAUCAUUAGACUGUGUACGAGGCAAAAUGAGCUGAAUUUUUAAUAUCUGCUUGGUGAAGAUGUUCGCAAUCAAAUCUCAGUCACAGAGCAAGGGUGAAAGGAUUUCAGUAACACACUAAAGGAAGAAUCACUACACGGCUAUGCUCACAGUGCAGCUAAAAAUGUCCCAGUUUGGAUUUUUUUUAACAUUUAACCAGGUAAAAAUUCAGAUGUUGUGGCGUAUAAUUUACACAAGUGAUAUCUGAAAGCCUAAAUCAGCAUGUUAUUUAUGUUGUGUAAAUCUUGCUCCAUUCACAUAGGACAAAUGCCACAAUUUUGAUGCCUGUGGUAGCUUGGCAGAGGCAGUGGUACUAUGCAGGAUGUCAACACAAGCAUGGGGAAAAAAUUGACUCAAGUGGUAUUUAGGGAAACUCAGUGAAAUGAAAAGCACACAUUAUUAGCUGACAUCUUAAACUAAAGGGAGAAGUCUUGCUUCAUAAACAGAAGUUAAUCUUUCGAUGUUGUUAUCGGAUUGGUGCAGCAGUCUGGAACUGAACAUGAAGGCCUGUGGUGUGAGUAUAGCCUACAAUGAAAUGGGUCAUUUGAUCAAUCUAAAGCUCUUCUCCACAAAUGGUGUUUAAACAAAAAGUUGUUAAGACUAUAAAGAUGAAAAAACAGAACCCCAUCUUGUCAAAGGUGAUAUAAGUAAGUGGUUAAAGGGAUCGUCUACAAAUGGGACUGUCUCACAUUCAAGUCAUGUAUCUAUUAUAACCAUGCGUUCUGUCAAAGUGUCCUUGGGCCAGACACUCGACAACUACCUGCUCCAUUGCUAUUAUAAGAUAUUAUGAAUAAGAGCACCAGCUGAAAUGUAAAUGGAUACAGAGUAAGUUAUAGAUGGGACAUACACAAAUAGCCUAUGGGGAAAAAAAACAUAUUUAAUUUUCUGUACGAUUUAUGCACCACCUUCUUCAGAUGACAAAUUUAUGGGAUUUAAGGAUGCUCAAUGCCUCAGCUUAAUUAUAAUUUAACAUAAACCAUGCAGUAGGGCUGUGUUGCUUGUGACAGAGCUUGUUGAAAUUUCACUGUAACAUUUGACUUUCUGUGCACAUGAUACAAGACAACAUGAUUGUUGCAGAAUUAUAUCACAGCACUGAAGAAUGUAUGGAUCAUUUGUGUUUUUGUGCAUCAAUGCAGUAUUGUCUCGACUGUUAAUCUUGCAGCGCCUUGUUUUUCCUUAAACCUGCUUUGAUCUAUAUUUUUAAUAUUAACACUGAAUCAAGAUACUGUAAUGUGAAAUGGUCAUUCAUUGUGCUGAAGUCAUGGAGAAUCACAUAUCUCUUCAGGUCUACCGAGUUUUUAAGCCUCUUGGCUCAUUGUUUUCAGUGAUAUGAGUAUCAUUCUCAUCAGUCUUUCUUGGUGAACAUUUUCAGCCAUGAAGCUCGGAUAAAUUUCACACACAGUGGCUGAUGGACUAGCUCUUAUCUUGCCAGCUAAAGAUCCAGAUAUUUUCCCGAGGAGCUGGUGGGUACCAAAUCAGAACUAAAGAGAAGCAAACAGCUACUGGACUUACAUUCAUCACAAGUCAAGGCAGUAGAGUUCCCCUGGAGUGAGUCCUAAAACCUGGACAUGAGUUAGCAUUGCAGCACUCCUGGUUCCCUCGUCUUGAAGCCAAAAGGUUUUUUGAAUGGGUGUUUGGUUAGACCCCAGAACUAACAUCUGUGGUUAGCACAAGCUUCAGAAACUUUCACGUUUUGUUCUGUGACAUAAAAUAUGUCAGUAAAUACCCCCCUCAUAGCUUUAGCUGUGUUGUGGGAGCAACGUUAAGAUGUGACUGAGGUGUAGUUUGUGAAAAAACCCUAAUGUUAGCUUUUUGCUUAAGCUUAAAAAUCACAAAAGUGGUGUUAAUUUAUGAAGAUUAUCUCGCUGAACAGAACCUGUAAGUAUCAUGAACAUGUUUUUAAAAUGCGUUUUCUGCAGUGAUCUGAAAUCCAGGAAAAAUCCUAUAGGUAUUUUGACGAGGGAACCAGGGCCUACAGAAAAACAUUAUCCCUGGAGAACUCAUAUGGCAGAGUUCCAUUAAAGACUGUUUGAACAUGUCUUUGUCAGCUCUUAUUUCAAAAAGAGGUGUUUCAAAUGAGCACAAAUGAAUGGGGCUGCACUGGACACACACAAGCGGUGGACAGUCAUACAGUGUAUUAAACAAAAAAUUGUAUUUCCCA